AUGGCAGUGGCAAUCAAUCGCCUGGAAUCCCAAGUUUAUGAAAAAUUGCCGUCUCAACCUGAAUUGAACCUGAAGAACGUAAGUACGAUGACUUUAAGGAGCGGGAAAGAAAUUCAGGAACCUGACCUCAUGAUUCCAAAGGACAAGGAUGAGAAAAAAAUCGAGAACGAGCUUGAGAAGGAGAACACCAGCACCAAAAAUCAAGUGGUACUCCCUGACCCAAUCAUAGACGUUAAAACUAAUCUUCCUCCAUUUCCUAGCAGGUUGGAAAAACUAAAGAAGCAGAAUAAGAAAAAUGAGAUCUUGGAGGUGUUCCGCAAGGUAGAGAUCAAUAUUCCCUUAUUAGACACUAUCAAGCAAGUGCCGAAGUAUGCAAAAUUUCUGAGGGACCUAUGUGUCAAUCGAAAGCAACUGAGGGGAGACGAAAGGAUCAUUGUUGGGGAGAAUGUAUCAGCAGUUCUCCGAAGGAAGCUUCCACCGAAGUGUGGGGAUCUAGGUAGGUUUACUGUCUCAUGUAGGAUAGGUAACACUUUAAUUAGGAAUACCAUGCUAGAUUUAGGAGUAUCGAUCAACGUAAUGCCUAAAUCUAUGUAUUCUUCUCUGGACCUUGGUCCAUUAAAAGAAACUGAGAUAAUAAUCCAAUUAGCUGACCGAACAAAUGCAUACCCUGAUGGGUUGGUCGAGGAUGUGUUGGUUAAAAUUAAUGAAUUGAUAUUUCCAGCUGACUUUUAUGUACUUGACAUGGAUGAUAACCAUUCUCCCCACCCUCCGUCUUUGCUAUUAAGUAGAUCCUUUUUUAGUACAGUGCAGACAAAAAUUGAUGUUAAUAAGGGUACAUUGUCUAUGGAAUUUGAUAGAGAAAUGGUCCAUUUUAAUAUUUUUGAUACAAUGAAACAUCUUGUUAACUCUCCCUCUGUAUUUGCUAUUUAUGCUAUUAACCCUUCUGUACAAGAAUUUUCUGAGUUUAAUUGUAAGGAUAAAUUCAGAGUUGUUGCGAACGAGUAUAAGGGAUGA